CCAGGAAUGAAGGUUUGUUUUAUUUUUUUUUAAAUCAAAUGGAACUCCCUCCUUGUCAAAAGCAUUCGUCAGUUAAACCAAGGUUGUUAUGGACAACUAAUCUAGCCCUGAGGCAUAUUUUAUGUUUGCUUAAUUGGAUGUUGCCCCUCCGGACUUAUUACAGUUAAGCACGAGCUGAAACAAAGAGUAAGUAUACCACACGUUGGUAAUAAGAUGGUUCAAACAUGACCGACAAAUAUUAAAAACCAAAAUAGGACUGGAAGGGCAAUAUUGAAAUGCACAAGUAGCAGGUGCAGCUUGGCCAAAUCGAUUCAAUUCUCCUGCAGUUUGACAAGUUCGUUUUUUUAACUCAUUGUUUGAAUGCUUGGAUCAUUUUAUGUCAAACCCUUGAAAAUUAUCUCAGCAAUGGCCCACCUUUAUCCCAUGGUUGACAGAUAAUUUUACGUCUGGCUGGCGAGAAAAGGGAGCUAAUGUACCUACUCAUCAUGUAUGAUCUCUUAAACGAAUUUCAAUUCCGCAUGGAUUAUGAUCAGAUAUAUAUAUAUUUUUUUUCAUUUCUUGUCUUAAAGUUCCCAACACGGAGAAAAGAAAUAAAUUGUCGCAGCAAAAGGAGUUUUUGGGUAUGGAUUGUUGAGUUUUUUUAAUCAAAUUUCAACCAGUCAAACGUCUACAUGUCUCGAAGCCAAUAUGACCAAAUGCCUUAAUUUCCCAAAUCCCUAUUAACUAUGUGACAAGGCGAGUGACGUAUAAACACAUAUGAACAAUUAAUUAUUUGCCACAUCUUAAGGUCCUUCUAAAAGCUGUGCAAAUUAAGUAUAUUUAAUUUCAUUUUCAGCGGUCGCAGUUCUGUUAAAGAGGCUGGUUUGUGAAGAACUAAAAGAAGACGCAUCAACCUUUGAAAAUGAAAAACUUGGUUUUCAACAACUCAAGUUCUUCUAGCGGAAUAUGCAACCUAACAAACGACACUUCACCAACGAGAUCCACUUCGGGCCCCGUGGCUACCUUUCCCAGACACUCAGCGCAAGAGACGCUUAUUUUCGUAACAAUCUAUUCACUUCUGUCAUUCUUGGUAAUCCUCGGGAACUCUCUUAUUAUAAUCGUUUUCACAAGAAACAGCAAGCUGCGGACAGCGACGAACAUGUUCUUCGUGAGUUUAGCAGUUUCAGAUUUCAUCGUGGGAGCCAUCUCAAUCCCGUGUUGGAUGUAUAUAUUGCUGUAUGAUUUGAACCAUACAUCACAGAGCGCUGUCAACCUUCAGUUCCGCAAAGUGUUCAAGUUCCUCGACGUUUGCAGCGCCCUUACCUCCAUUGCACACCUUACAAUCAUCAGUAUCGAUCGAAACAUUGCUAUUUCGAAACCACUAAGACAUCGCGUUAUGCGUCGCUAUCACUAUUACUGCGCCAUCGCCGCAACAUGGGCGUACGGCCUUGCAGUUGCGGGUAUCUUUGCUAACGAUUUCAAAUUUGCUAUGUGGAGGAAGUACAAGGGGCUGUUUAGUGCUAUCGCGGGAUUUUUCCUGCCGCUUCUGAUAAUAAUCUGCAUGUACGCCAACAUUUACAAGAGCGUGAAACAGUUCAACAUUCGUCGGCGCUCGUACUCCAUUAGUUCACUUCAGAGGAAGGUACAUCAUGAACAGACAACCGCUAAAACCGUGUUGAUAGUCACAGGUCUUUUUUUGUUAUCGUGGCUUCCAUUUUUCACGCUGUCAGUAUUGUUUAUUUUCUGGCCCAGUUAUCUUCCCCACGGCACGAAUCUGAUGCACCUGUUGGAUUUUGUGAAGCUUCUCCAUUACAGUAACAGUGCCAUUAAUCCAUUGGUAUACACCUAUCGCAUAUCAGAAGUCAGGAGCACCUUGAUGCAGCUCAUUGCGCCCUGUCUCGUACAGACGGAUGCGCCUUCAGCGCGUUCUCUGCCUGUUCCACUGGUAGUUCAGAAGUCGCCACCGUUUGGUCCUGAAAAGUUGCGCCAUUCCUUUUCAAAAGCUCGCGUGGGCUCUGUAAACGGUCGAGAUGUGAACUUUUAAUAGUGUAAAUCCACCGUAAUUCUAGAGUUCGAUACGCUUAUAAAAAAUACCUUUAUUUUUCGUGAGGGUUUCUUAAAUUUUGCACAUGCGAUAGACUGAUACUAUCAGAAAAAUUUUACCAGUCUAUAAUAAACACUGAUCUCAACAACCAUAGGGAAGAUCUCCUUCCCCUUCCCCCCCUCCUCCCGACAAUUUAAUCGUUAACAUUAAUUUAAAAGCGUUUUGCAGAUUCUUAACUUUGCAAAAAUAAAAGGCAUUAGCUUUGGUACUAAACUUUAUACAAAAUAUACUCUAUCUCCAAUGUGUGCAUGCGCAGUUUUCAGUUGGGAGUAGACCCACUGCGUAAUACACACGACGUAUAUUCACUGCUUUUUAACCGUCUAAGUCCAAUUUAUAUGGACUCAUACAGAGGUACAAAAGGAGGAUUAGAAUAGAGGGGGCAGAUUUUUGUUAUAGCUUGUUCAUUACUGAUUAAAUUACGUGGCAAAUCUAAGCUAGUGUCAAGCCCACUUGUGCCAGGAUUAUAUAAGAAGUUUAUAAAAAUGGCUCAAGCACGAGCAAAAAUAAACGGACGUUUGUUCUUGGUCGAGCCGCGUCUAAUUUCAAUAAUUA